UGAUCAUACGCAAGCAGACAUCUGCGACCACACCACAACAAGUUUUCCGUGAAACAUCUUCCACCAUGGGCUCUGUCGUCAAUAAAAGACGUGGGGUGGCCACUGGCAACAACGAUGAUGAAGACCUGCUCUUCGGUCAAGCUUUCGACGCGUUCGACUUCAAGACUUUGAAGCGCAUUCUCAACAUCUACCACAAGAAGACUAAGCCGGAGGAGACCGCGAGAGAGCUCUUCGAGCGACUCAAAAGACUUGAAGUUGAACUGGAGGCUAGAGAUCGCAGCACCAUCAGACAGUCUCUGGAGAACGAAGAAGUCCUUACUCGUAAGAUGUUGAGAGAUGGACCACGCGCAAAUCCCAAUCUUCAGAAUAAAAUGUCCAAUACUGGCGCAAACAACAGCCUCGUCGAAGAAUCGAAGGUCUUUUGCUCUAUAUGCGCAACAGACGUCUUGGCAUCUGAGGUUCCAGCAUCGCAUCCAGGCUGUCUUGAUGUUACUGUAGCAGGUAAGCUAUAUGCAUGCAAGACAUGCAUUGAGCGGCACAUCAAGACUCAUCAAGUCAAGCCAUUCCUGUCCGGAGACACUCUUUUGAAAUACGCGAGGUAUGUCGAGCUUCGGCCUAUUCGUCACCAUUCAAACUUUACCUGGUGCCUGAAUCUAAAGUGCGGACAUGGUCAAAUUCACCACAAAGGGUUGGCCGAGCCAAAAGUGAUCUGCAAAAAGUGUUCUCACGCAACUUGCUUCAAGCAUCAGAAACCGUGGCAUGCCAAACUAUCGUGCGAGCAAUACGAUAAGUCACUCAGUCAGGGUGAUCGUGCUGCACAGUCUGAUUCUUUGGAAGAGACGAAGAAAUCUUCAGCACCAUGUCCCACGUGCAAGACCCAAGUUGAGAAGAUUGGUGGCUGCAGCAAUGUAUAUUGCCUUUGUGGAACGCAGUUCAACUGGGAUGCUGCCAUGUCGACGCCCAAAUAG